CGCAGUAGCUGGACAGCAUUCCCAGAGACCUUUCUCUUGGUGCAGUCUUCCGGUGGCCAUCAGGAAGGAAAGCAGAUUACGCCGGCUGCUCAGCUCUCUGUCCUGUGGACAGACUGCCUGCACCCCCACGUAAGCAAGCGAGGACUUUGGAAUCCAGGACUGUCGCUCACCUACUCCCUCCCCAGGACAGUGUGACUGUUUAAUGAAACAUCCCACCCGCCUUCAGUUUUCCUGGUUCAGAUGACAGCACGCCUCAGCUUCUCACCAGACACUUGCUAUUUCCAUAACUCUUGCCUUCCCUCUCUGAGCCCCUGGCCCAGAUCAUGGCCCUGCACCCCCGCAGAGUGCGGCUGAAGCCCUGGCUGGUGGCCCAGGUGGACAGCGGCCUCUACCCUGGGCUCAUCUGGCUUCACCGAGACUCCAAACGCUUCCAGAUACCCUGGAAACAUGCCACGCGGCACAGCCCCCAGCAGGAGGAGGAAAACACCAUCUUUAAGGCCUGGGCUGUGGAGACCGGAAAGUACCAGGAAGGGGUGGACGACCCCGACCCAGCUAAAUGGAAGGCCCAGCUCCGCUGCGCUCUCAAUAAGAGCAGGGAAUUCAACCUGAUGUAUGACGGCACCAAGGAGGUACCCAUGAACCCGGUGAAGAUUUACCAAGUGUGCGACAUCCCCCAGCCCCAGGGCUCGAUCAUUAACCCAGGAUCCACAGGCUCUGCCCCCUGGGAUGAGAAGGACAAUGACGUGGAUGAGGACGACGAGGAAGAUGAGCUCGAUCAGUCGCAGCACCACGUUCCCAUCCAAGACACCUUCCCCUUCCUGAAUAUCAACGGUUCUCCCAUGGCGCCGGCCAGCGUGGGCAACUGCAGCCCUGAAGCAGUGUGGCCCAAAACAGAACCUCUGGAGAUGGAAGUGCCCCAGGCCCCCAUCCAGCCCUUCUACAGCUCUCCAGAGCUGUGGAUCAGCUCUCUCCCAAUGACUGACCUGGACAUCAAGUUUCAGUACCGUGGGAAGGAGUAUGGGCAGACCAUGACUGUGAGCAACCCCCAGGGAUGCCGGCUCUUCUACGGGGACCUGGGUCCCAUGCCCGACCAGGAGGAACUCUUUGGUCCGGUCAGCCUGGAGCAGGUCAAAUUCCCAGGGCCAGAACACAUCACCAAUGAAAAGCAGAAGCUGUUUACCAGCAAGCUACUGGAUGUCAUGGACAGAGGACUGAUCCUGGAGGUCAGCGGUCAUGCCAUUUACGCCAUCAGGCUGUGCCAGUGCAAGGUGUACUGGUCUGGGCCUUGUGCCCCUUCACUUGUUGCCCCCAACCUGAUUGAGAGACAGAAGAAAGUCAAGCUCUUUUGUCUGGAAACAUUCCUGAGUGACCUCAUUGCCCACCAGAAAGGACAGAUAGAGAAGCAGCCGCCAUUCGAGAUCUACUUAUGCUUUGGGGAAGAAUGGCCCGAUGGGAAGCCCUUGGAAAGGAAGCUCAUCUUGGUUCAGGUUAUUCCCGUGGUGGCUCGGAUGAUCUACGAGAUGUUUUCCGGUGACUUCACACGCUCCUUUGACAGUGGCAGUGUCCGCCUGCAGAUCUCAACCCCAGACAUCAAAGACAACAUUGUCACUCAGCUGAAGCAGCUGUACCGCAUCCUCCAAACUCAGGAAAGCUGGCAGCCCAUGCAGCCCACCCCCAACAUGCAGCUGCCUCCUGCCCUGCCUACCCAGUGAUCACAAACGCCUUCCCUCUUCCUUCUGUCCCCCAUAUUGUAUAUAUAUUUUCAGACUUAACCAGCUUUUAAUCUCGUUUUCCUCUAAUGUUAGAAGUCUGUAACUCAAAUAUGCCUAGCUUUUAAAAUUGAUUUAAUUUAUGGAAAAUAUCCAUACUUUUUUUUGAAACAGGGUCUCACUAUGCGGUUCAG